AUGAGCCCCCGCCAUCUUGGCGGAUCAGGACCGAGUAGUAAAAUACUUUUUUUCGUGCGUGUGUGUGUGUGUGUGUGUGUGUGUGUCUGUGUCUGUGUCUGUGUCUGUGUGUGUGUGUGUGUGUGUGUGUGUGUGUGUGUGUGUGUGUGUGUGUGUGUGUGUGUGUGUGUGUGUGUGUGUGUCUGUGUGUCUGUGUGUGUGUCUGUGUGUCUGUGUGUGAUUCAAAUAUUUUCCCACACACACACAGACAGAGACGAGAUGGCAGCGGUCAUGUCGAUGCCGCUUUCGUCCACAACUGGGCAGGUGCUACUGGGGCUGGGGCUGGUGGUCAGCUUCUGGCUUGGGUAUAGCCGUGGGCGGAGUGAUGAAGAGCAGCGACACCAGACACCUGUUGUCGAGGAUGCACAGGAGACCACCAAACACCGACCGAUCGCUGCAGCCGAGGAUGAGGAGUGCAAACUGAUUCUUGGCGUGCGCUCCGAUCUCAAGAUGCAAAAGGGCAAGGUCGCCGCGCAAUGUGCGCACGCAGCUGUUGCUGCCUACGAAGACCUUGCCGAGACCAACCCCGAGUUGCUUGAGCAUUGGCUCACCUCGGGCCAGGCUAAAAUCACCGUCAAAGUGCCCGACGAGGCCGAAAUGACUGCGCUCUUACGUAAAGCCCGUGAGCUGGGCAUCGCGGCCAAUGUCAUCCGCGAUGCAGGCCGGACACAAAUCCCAGCAGGCUCAAAGACGGUCAUUGCCUUGGGCCCAGCCCCUGUGGAUCUACUUGAUACCAUCUCCGGCCACCUGAAGCUAUAUUAGAAGCACAGUGCCACUCAUAUCCACCCAAACCUUCAGAUCCGUACACAUCGGGAAGUGUACUCAGAUCAUGCUCUGAAAACGGCUCUUUCGAAAUGCCCUUUAUGCCAUGCUUCACAACUCGACGACAGUGGACAUCACUAAAACUAGAUUUCAAUUGAACGUGUCAAUUG